AUGGCUAGCCCGACUCGGCUCAUCGGCGCGCCACUCACCAACCCUACAACCUCUCCCCUUCGCGAAGCCCCUUUUCCCUCCGCCGCCAACUUUCCCUCCGGUGCGCAGUCGGCGCAGCCCGCCCCGCCUUCCUACGCCACCGCGGCGGCGUGCGCCCCUUUCCCCUUGGCUCCCCCCGCGCACGCGCUAGCGGCGGCCGCGGAAACGCUUCCCCGCAUGGCAAUUGGCGCUGCGGCGCCACUUGGUUGGGCAGGCGCAGCCUGCGCCGGGGCUGACGCGCUCAGGCUGGGAUGUAAGCGCAAGGGAGGCGCAUGGAUGGGGGGAGACGGAGGAGCAGGAGGAACGGCCGUUGGGAUUCCGGGAGUUGGUGCGGCGGGCAGGGGGAGCGCAAGGGGGAUGGAUGGAGUGGUGAUUGGGAUGGGGAUUGAUUCCAUGGCAGACAUGGCGGAGUUGGGGAUUCCAGCAAAACGGGCGAGACUGCAGCCUCCAGAGCCUCUAAUACCACCAUCAGCACCAGCGGACCCUGCGUACGCAGUCUCCGCUCUACCAACCGCAUCGAAUCCUUUUGCACCUCCCUCCAUCUCUCCUACCUCCGCCUCUCCAUCCUCCCCAGUCCUCCGCGCCCUAACCCCUCCUCCGUCACCCCCUCUCUCGCCUACAUCAAUGCAAGCCUCCGCUUUCCUCUCCACCCCACUCACUGCUGCCGCACCUACUGCAGCGCCACCCACCCUGUCUGCCGCUCCUGUUGCAUCGGUCGCUGCUGCCAUUCCAAGCAGCUACAGUGCCGUUGCUCCCAUCGCUGCUUCUGCCCCUACCUCUCCUCCACCUUUCCAGGGCGCAUGCUCUAUGGACACAAUUUCUGGAUCCCCCCACCCGCCACUGCACGCACAACUCUGUGCCCCAAUACCACCCACUGCACCACCCUUUCCCCAACAAGAAACAGGCAAUGAGAAAGCCAUUGUGCUGUACUCCCCUCCUGUCAUCCCCUCUCUCUCCACGGAGCCUUCUGCCACUGGCGCAGGUGCUGCUGGUGCUGGGAGAAGAGCAGAGCGGGAAGCCAUGGCAGGAGCAUCAGCGUCACUCGCGGCACGGGCAGCAAUGCAGCAGUGGCCGAUAGAGAAGCUCAAGGCGGCAUGGGGGGGGGCUAGCCCAGUGGAGAAAAGGGUGCUUGGGGGCAUGAUUGGGUCGUUGCUGCAGGGCCAACCGAUUCAGAUCCUGGGAGGGAACAAGCUGCUGGAAGCCCUUCAGCUGCAUCCACCUAGUGUUGUGGGUGGUGGAUUGGAAGACGCCGAAGAGUUGAAAGCGCAGGCAGAGGGUGGAGAGGAGGACAUAGAAGAGGAGGUGGAGCAAGCAGAGCAGCAACCAGACUCGUUGAUGGCAACAGCAGAUGCCAUGAACCUGGAGCAGCAGAAGAUGGUCAGCAGCAGCAGCUCUUAUGAGGGAAACAAUGGGGAGGACGUGGAGAUGGUUGAAUGA